UUCUACACACUGAGUCAAAAUCCGUAUCAGGAGACUCGCCAGUAACAUCUUGCACGACGUAGAAGUGUCAGUGUUCCGUUUCUAACAGUACAACUACGAGAGCAUCAGAUGACGUCCGUAUCGACAAGUAAGUGUCUUUCUGUCUCGAUCAUUCAGGAAUCGGCAUUGGAAGUCGUAUAUUAUCAGGAUCAUUACCACUUCGUUGACUGGCUUUCACUUGUCACAUUUCGAUGUUUCUUCGGUGACUGGCUAGACUCUCUUCUUACGUGAGCUCCCGUAUUAAGUGUAGGAAGUCGUGAGUGAGAGAACACAAUCGACCCAACCACCUCCGAAACUUCCCCCUUCCUCUUUCUUUAAUCUCCUAAACCCAGGAUACCUUUGAAAUGAAACCGAACAAUCCACUGUUUUCAAUUAUUGUUGAGUAAAGAUACUUACUAGACCAAUAUUCCUCGUCACAAGGAAACAAAAAACGACUGAAGGAAAGGCUUAUAAAGAAGGGAAAGCUUGUAAAGAUCUUUCUUAACUACGUAGUACGAAUGGAAGGAACAAUAACUACCUAGUGGAGCAACUAGUGGAAGGACGGCGAGCAGAUAAAACAACAACAACCUCUUAAAAGUCCGUAGAUCAUUCAAGAUGUCGGAGGACACAGGCGCGUUGCUAGCGCCAAGGGAUGUCGGUGCCGUGAGUCAGAUCGGCGUCGAGGCUGGUGAAGAAGACCCUCUCAUCGAUGACGUUUGGCAAGCUGGAUUGCAGGAGUUAUGUUCUUCUUGGGUCUUACAAUAUUUUAGUGUUUUUGUGUCCUUCUGGUGUCGUAGUAGGCUGGAUUGGAACUAUAUAGAUCCUUUCUUCAUAGCAAGAAUUAGGAAUUUCCUAGACUCCUUAAUUUCCAUUUCCCUUAACUACACCACACACCACACACACCUCCUAUAUGAUCCUUUCUUCAUAGCAAGGAGACAGCGCAGAAGUAGCACCAGAAGUAGAAGAUGAUGGAAGAGAUGUUGAUCCAUAUGAAGCCUUUGUCGCGGCUUUGCCUGAGCAGGAACCCCAGGAUCCUAGCAUUAGGAUUCUGGCCACUGGCGAACGUUUUGUGGAUCCUACAGCUUUGUACAGUGUAGGCAAUGGAUUGGGGCUGUUGAUUUAUGAAUGGGAAGAUAAUGUUAGGUAUGUCCUCAUAUUUUGGGUAUGUCUUAGGCAGAUUGAUUGCCGAGUAGAUUUGUCAUGUCUACAAUCAUGUCUUUGUCACGAGACGCUUAAAGCACAUAGUAGAGGUCCAAUCCGAAUCGAAUCCUGAGACAGUACCUCGUGCUAGGUAAAUGAUAUUCCCUUCAAUCAAAAACCAAGCCCCCAAGAAGAAGGAAGACUACGACCUUCUUUCCUUCAUAUCGCGGACGAUGAUGAUGGAGAAGGGAGUGGUGCAGCACAACCUGAGGGGGAAGGGCAUGCGCCGCAUGUAGAAGAGGGAGAAGAAGGUGGGAAUGGAGAUCACAGGGCCAAAAAAGCAAAAAAGGGAAAGAAGAAUCUUAGGAUCAAAGCUGAAGGAGAGAAAGGUAUUUUUUGUGUUGAUACAUCAUAGUUGAUGCAGAAGUAAAAGAAAGAAUCGUAGAAGGAAUUAUCAGAAGAACUGAAGGAGAUGAAGCUGGCACUAUAAGAAUUGCUAUCUUCUUGUAUUCUAUUCGUAACCUACUACUCGUUUUCGGAUAGCCGAAGAAUCAUCAAAUCUGAACGAGAAGCAGCUAUAGUCAUAGUCUUGUUUCAUCUACUUGUUCUAUGUUGUAAUCCACUGACUCUUAGUCGUUUAUUCUGAAUCUUCUGAAAAAUCUGAGUCUCAACCUCACUCAGGUAAAGACUCCAUUCUUGGGUCUCUGGGCGGCACGGACAUCGACUUGGGUGCAGAUAACUUUGAUUAUGGAUGACAUCUGCGAUGAUGGACAAAAAAUCAUCCUUUUUGUUUUUUUACAGAAUAGUUCCUUCUUGUUCUGAAAUAUGAUGAUUCAACAAAUUUUUGAUGGCUUCUUUUGUUAUGGAAACUUGUGAUUUGAUCCUCCUUCUGUCCAUCAGAAAUAGAUACUUUCAUUACCAUUAGCAUUAGGCUCCCUUGUCCUUGGAAAUGGAUAUUUCCAUCCUUCUCCUCCUCCUCCUCCUCCUCCUCCUCCUCUUCUAACCUUCUCUGAUGAUGAAAGUGCGAAGACAGAAGACCCGCAGAGCAGCUUUGAGUCGGAUUAGCUGCUACUUUGAUCCCGGUGACAAUUUGCAGACGUGCGUUCUGGUGGAUACUAUAUUUACGGCUUGAACAAGUUUCAAUUGUCCAAUGAAAUAAUGAGGCAAGAGAUUGUAGAUUUUUGAAGGUAAAGAAUAAUUUUUGAUUGGUAGGUACGCAGUCCCUCUGUGGCUGCACAUAUUCGCCCGAGGAUACAGGUCAAACUGUGUGCGGCGAAUCACCUCCUAUAAGUACUAUCCUACUUCUUCGCUAAUCGUGAAAAAGCACUUUGAUUUCAGAAGAAUUGAAUAUUCUAGUACACCCUGGUCUCCUACUACACUCCAUCCUACUACAUUUCUGCCCUUCUCUCCCUCUCGCUCCCUUCUCCGCUAAUCCGAACGCAUUCGGUGGAGUAGCCUCAGUAGCGGGACCACGAACGGGUCAUGUAAUGUGCUACAUAAAAGCGCUUUGGAGUACUGCUUUGUUGUUCGCCAGCUACGUGUUGCAGUUUAUGCUGAUCUUCUACCUCCAGUACGAUUUCACGGGCCCAGAAAGUAUCCUGUGGCAAGCGAAAUUCCAGUCCUUGAUUAUGGAGGGGGUCAACGACCGAUACUUUAAUAUUUAAUACGCCACGACGGACUUCAUGUUGAAUAAAAGGGUAGUAGUACCCCUAUUUGUAUUUAGAUGAAAUGAAAACGUGUAAGUGCUACUGUCAUCUGUUGUUCUAGAGAAGUAAACUCUUUUUUUUGUCUAAGGAAGGUCUACUACCUGAUUAUAAUGUUUUGGUUUAAUUUUCUCCGUCCACUUAUACUUUCUGAGCAAAAUAUUUUCUCGAGGAAGAUACCAACCCUUAUACAACUUUUGUUCCCGUGUAGAAUGAAAGAUACAAGUAGUGCUGUCCAUGAUCUUCUACUUUGUGAGCAUUCUUUUCUCGUUUGGUGGUAUCUUUUUGCUGAUGUUUCCAUAUAAGUAAUUUUAGAACAAGAAGAUGAAUACAUCUAAUCGCCUCAAGCCGAAUGGGAAACUUCCUUCAUUCAAGAGUGAGCUAGACGAAGUGUGCAGUUGGUCUGCCUCAAAGCCGUAUCUCCUGAUUCCAAUCACGCUAGUCCACGUGCUUGCCCUCAUGAGGGAGAUAUUUGACAAGUUGCGAGUGGUCAGCUGGUUCUGCUUCUCCUGUCAGCCCAUUCACGAAUGCAAAUCUUUUGCCCAUGGCAUUGGUAUUUUUUACCUCUAGUACACAAAAUACGCAGGUAGGUUUUGAUUUAUCGGAACUCGCUCCCGAUACAAAAAAAAAAAAAUGUAUUGUAUUGCAUUGCAUUGGAUUGCAUUGUAUUGUAUUGUAUUGUAUUGUACAUGAGUACAAAUUUGUUUGAUGUCUAAGUUAGUGGUCGUAGUUGAGGAUCAUCUGAUCUCAACAUCUACCUGAUGGUGACUGAGCAUUUCUUUUCUCUCUCCCCCGGAACCAAACUUGCCUUCAGCAAGCAAAAUGUUAAUAACAUUCUCUCCAGGUGUCGAAGUUGAUGAAGAGAAGGAUGAAGUCUCGGACCAAUUCGUGAUCUUUGGAUUGCCAUACUGGUUCCGAAUAUGUUUUUCGCUCUUUGUCGUGGUACCUCCAGUCAUCAUCUUAAGAAACGGAUUCAUUCCGAUUUGGCUUGUUUUUUUUGGGUUGUUUUUUCAAAUUUUUCGAGAUCAUCGAGGAAGGGCAUGCCCGUCAAACUAUGCGCUUUAGUUUACUUGAAAAACCCGUGCGGCCUGGCCGGGAGUCUUCAGGAGCGGACCUGCAACCUUGAACCUUGUCAAUUGUCCCGUCCUCUCAUAUUCCCCAACUAUUAGUAUACCCAAACUAUUAGUAUGGCGCCUUCUAAUGGAAGCAAUUAUCACACUGUCAUCCGGAUUAGAGUGGUACACAUCCGGAAAUGCAGCCGAAAUGUUCUUCAACGCAGCUUUUUUCAUCGUGAUCUUGGAAAUCGAUGAUUUCAUUUACCUGUGUGGAGUGCCCUCUGCGAGUAGACGGGAAGCCGAGAAGUCGAAGUUCUAUCUGACGAGAACAGCCAGACGUUUCGAAGUCUCAAUCUGCAAGUGGCUCUUCGGUGUCGCAGUCAUUUUAUGGCAGCUUUCCUUCUACAGGGUUGGCUUUUCAUUUUGUAUGUUUUUUUCGUAAUGCUGUCUCAGCUUCUAUGUCUGCACUCACUUCCUUCAGGGAGAAUAGGGUUCGUAAUUGCUGCGCAGUGGUUUUUAGUUUUUUGUUUCGUAAUGGUGACAAUAAUCUAUCUUGAUUUGAAAAUCUGAAGAGACACAUAAUUCUACAGGUAGGUACAGAAAAAUUUGUACUUACAGAGACUUUUGUACUUAGAGACUCUACCACCUUCGGACGCAUUUAUUGGUACUUGCAGUUAGAGAGGCAUUCUUUUAGCAUAGACUGGAGAAAAGAGUGGUCCUCUAGCUCUUCUCUCUAGAAAGAUGAAGAUGUAUUAUCUUCUUCUAAUCCUAGUUAUUGGCAUCCUUUACCUGUAUUGGUUCUACUACGUUACGCUUCCGCAACUCCUGCAUCGACGCACCGGGAUUCUAUUCGAUCUGUUAUGGGAAAAGACUUCAUCUUUGUUUGUUGUUGUUGUUGUACCUGUAUUCCUCGGCAAAGGCGGGAAGACCCUUCCAAGGAGAAACUAUAUCAGACACCAUAUCUCCCUCGUCCUGCAUAUUUAAGAGAUUCAAUAGUAGCCAACAUUAAGGCUCAACUUUCAUUGGUCAUUGGGGUUAGCCACUGAGAUCGGAGAGCUUUGAAGGUGGGCUCUUCCGUUCAGCAUCAGUGACCACUGACUGCUGACCUUCGGCAACACCUUCCUCCCUCAUCAAACUACAUAAACAUCUAGAGAGAGAGAGAUAGGGAGAUGAGGGAGGAAGAUGUUGGUGUAGUUUGAAUAUGGGCGAGAUAAAGAGUAUCUCAAUAAUCUCAUUCUCUCUCCCUCUCUAACCUCCGGUGAGAUCUGCUCUCGAAGAACGCACCGAGACAUCUACGCAAACAAGUGGGGUUUCAGCGAUUUGUUCAGCAUGUAUGUCGCAACGGACAAGGAGGCGGCGAAUGCUCUGAAAAAAGCCAAUGGGGGAAACAAACGGUGGCCGUGGCGGAAAUAAGGAGCUCCUUGUCCAUUUAUCAGGUGUAGAUAGAUUUAUGGAGAUAGGUCUUUCUUAGGAGAUAGAUUUUUGGACAUAGAUCAGAGCUUAGGCCAAGAUCCUAGAAGAUUUAAGUAGCAUAGAAGACUUAGGGUGGAGAUACGCAGAGAAUGCUCUGGGCAAGGCCAAUUCAUGAUCAGGUAGACGGUGGUGGAGUCGUGAAAAGAGAAGCUCUUAGAGAAAGUUACGGUAGUUGUACAUUAGGUCAGACUUAAGAAAAUAGAAUUAUGGUCUUUCCUCCACAGCAGAAAUCAUCGAAUUCAUAUUAAAACAGAAGAAUAAGAAGUACACCUAGUUCUACAACUAGGGCAUUUGUUUGAAUUUAACAUGAACAGUAAUAAUUCUACUGCAUAGACAAAAAUACUUGAAUUUACUUUCUGAAUCACGAAAAUUGCAGAACUUGUUGAAUAUCUACAGCCACGAUGAAGACAUACAAACAACACAGAAUACACAAGCAACACACACUUAUUACAUAUUUAUCAUGCUACAAUGCUCCAGCUAAGUAGUAUUUAUACAUACUUACACAGACAUAGAUGAACUAAAACUUCCUACAACAUAUCUAAAAAAUUGAAGAAAGUAGGACCACUGUCCAAAUAAGCAACAUAAAGUUUAUUGUCCAAAAAUGUUACUUGCGGUAUGAUAUCCUGUAGUUACAGACGUCUCUUCCUUCUUCGUAGACAUAAAUUUUCAUCAAAAUUCCAAGAAUCCAAUUAGAGAGUUCGUUAUACCCAAAGAAGCUAUCGUUCCUGUAUACACCACAUCAUGUACAACCUCCUACAUACUAUGUAUGCCCAUCUAUGCCUCCUAAAAGAAAAAUGCACAAUGAAGCAGAAGAACCCGAAAAACGUGGAAGAACAGAUGUAAGAUGAACAUGAAAAACCUCCAAGUGAAAAUUGCACCCAAAAAAUCAUACGUCCCGAAAGCUCGCAGAACUACACGUUCCGAAAGCUCGCGCUACUU